AUGAUUCUAUCAUACACUCCUGCCGAGGAGGACCUUCUUUUUGCCAUAUCAUACCUAAAGUUGCCUAUAGAACUGCAGGAGUCGGACGUUUUCUGUUUGAAAAUACAGGAUGAGGAGUAUCUGGGUGUUAAGGAUGUAAUGAACCAGCUGAUAAGCCUAUGCAAAUGCGAUCCGCAUGAUUUAGACCUGCUCAACGAUGAGGUUGUGAGUGAAAUACAACGCAUGCGCCAAUUGAGUCCUCGUAAGGUGCUCGUAUCGCUCACACAACACAAGAAAGAGAGUGACGGUGAGAACAUGCCGAGUAACAUUCCGUUACACAACUACAUUAACGGUAAAUUUCUUACGCUGGCCGAUCUCGUGCUAUUCGCACGCGUGUACAAAUCUAUAAAGGAGGGCGUCAAGUACUCAAUUGUUGAGAAGAGGUGGUUUGAUGAGUUUCAGGCCAGGUUGCUGAAGCUUAUAGAGUUUAAGGAAAUUGAAAUUGUUGACUUUGAGAUACUUGACAUACGGAUAGGCCGUAUUGAAGAGAUUAAGGUGCACAAGAAUGCUGAUUUACUGUAUGUGGAGAAAGUUAAUCUGGGCAGCGAAGAAGUACAGAUAAUUAGCGGCUUGAGAGGAAGGAUGGAAAUGGAGGAUAUGAAGGACAAAUGCUUCCUUUUCGUAGUGAAUAUGCAGAAAUCUAAGCUCCGUGGUGAAGUGAGCAACGGAAUGAUACUCUGUGCAAAAGACGGCGAUAAUCUGGAAGUGAUUCAAGCACCUGUAGACAUCCCUGGAGAGAAGUUGUACUUGUCAGGAGAGAAACGGCCCGUGAUACGGAACUUUAAUGUGCCUAAGAUCAAUAAGAGCAAUGAGAUAUUUUCUGAAGUGAUGUCUGAGCUGAAAAUAAGGAACAAUAAGCUGAUUUUUAAGGACAAGGUGGUGCUCUGUGCUGGAAAGGAAGUUAUUACGAAAAUGUCGAAUGCAUCGGUAAGCUAAGUAAAGCAGAUUUUAAUGGUCAAAACGCUUAUUGCUCAUCACUCGCAUAUUAUAUACCGUUCUGGCAAUAAAUUUGUUUU